AUGUGUCCGCUAUGUCAAGAACAAACUAAUAGGAUUGAAAAUACAUCGAUUUAUCAUCAAGAAAGUAGCUGUUUUAUUAACUCAUUAUUGAAUUUAGAAUGUGCUAACAUUUCUAUUUCACUUACUGAAUUUACCAAAUCCACAUUUACUAAAUUCAUUGAACCUACUGAACCUACAUUUACUGAAUUCACUGAACACACAUUUACUGAAUCUACUGAACUCACAUUUACUAAAUCCACUGAAUCAACCAAACUUAUUGAAUCUAUCAAAUCUACAGAGUCUAAUGGUAUGCUUGUUAAAUUUACUAAACUUAUCACCUCUUUUAUAUCAGUUGAAUAUACUGAAUCUAUUGCUUUUGUAGAUUCUACAGAUUUCACUUCUGCACCUAUUGAGUCAAUUGAAUAUGCUAAGACAUCUAA